AUGGUGGAGGAGGAAUCAGAGGCUCCGAUGAUGGCGUGGACUGCUGAUUGGCCAGAGCAGGUCUUUCCCACUGUCCUCUCCUGACCGUUCAUCAGGGCCAUGGCCACAUGCAUGGAGGACAGAGUCGAGCCACAACUAUCAUAUAUCCUGUAGCCAAUAGAGAUGUUGGGGAGCAGAGAAGUGCUGUUGUUGAUCUCUUCGAUGGCGAAGAUCAUGGUCUGAGCAAAAUGAACAUCUUGGAGGUUCAUGCUGCGCAAACAAAAAGGAAAAAAUGGCAUUGCAUUAGGUUAAUCUGAUAUACGAUAUGAAACUGCAGAUAUAACCAUGGUCUGAUUUCAUUGUCAGGUUUAGUUAUUCUUUGAAUCAUAUGAUUCCAAUCAUAUUUUCAUUUUGUCCAAAUAAUUUUUGUCACAUCAAUGACAUAUAAAUCCAUCAGAGAGACUGGGUGUCUGUGAAGGAGCUUACCUGUAGCAGGUAAGAGGAGGUGGUGUGUCUGUGAAGGAGCUUACCUGGAGCAGGUGAGAGGAGGUGGUGUUUCGGUGAAGGAGAGCGGGGUCUCUGUGAUUUUGGUGUGGAUGGAGAAGGCUCCUCCGAUAGUCACGUCUCCUUCCUUGGACAGCAGAGGGAACUCUGGGCUCCCCAGUAUCCGACAGAGAGCCUGCUCUCCCUCUGCCCCAAAGACUCCUAACACCCCCACCACUACCACCCAGAGCAGCUGCAUCACACACUCUCAAACAUACUCUUUAAAGGCCUGAACGGAACAGGGAAGACCUGACCCCCACCACCUGAAAUGUCUGGGUUUUAUACAUGAUCGAGACUGUGACGCUUUCUUCUAAGCAAAUCAGAGAAGGAUGAGGUCAUAAGGGCUUUGUUUUAGCUGAGCUGCUUCUAAAAAUACACCACACAACUGUUUUAUAACAAAUACCCUUGAUUAUAUAUUCAAACUCCUGCAUAUUUAAGUUUGACCAAUGUUGUUAAACACAUUUUCCUAGUGAGUGAUAACGAAUACAGGUUGUGUGUGUUUUAUGUGUUUUUGGGGACUGUUAAUGCCAGCACAUACAGGUGGAUGAAGGUGUCAAAUUCAAGUCCUUUGUGUUUAUAGUUGUGCCCUCCCUCUCAACCCUGCGUGUUUCCUAAGCCUUGACCUCCAGAUGUAAUCUCUCAGCGUACACCCUAAUCACCGAACCUUAUUAGAAAACAGGUGUUCACACACCAUGCUCACAAGUUUGUAUGUGUCUGCGUCUGAGAGGGAUAUGGGGGUGCAUACUGAGAGGGAUAUGGGGGUGCAUACUGAGAGGGAUAUGGGGGUGCAUACUGAGAGGGAUAUGGGGGUGCAUACUGAGAGGGUAUGGGGGUGCAUACUGAGAGGGAUAUGGGGGUGCAUACUGAGAGGGAUAUGGGGGUGCAUACUGAGAGGGAUAUGGGGGUGCAUACUGAGAGGGAUAUGGGGGUGCAUACUGAGAGGGUAUGGGGGUGCAUACUGAGAGGGUAUGGGGGUGCAUACUGAGAGGGAUAUGGGGGUGCAUACUGAGAGGGGUAUGGGGGUGCAUACUGAGAGGGUAUGGGGGUGCAUACUGAGAGGGAUAUGGGGGUGCAUACUUAGAGGGAUAUGGGGGUGCAUACUGAGAGGGAUAUGGGGGUGCAUACUGAGAGGGAUAUGGGGGUGCAUACUGAGAGGGAUAUGGGGGUGCAUACCUAACUAACUUACAGUAAAACUGAAAUAUGUCUGAUGUUGACUUACUAGUUUAAUUUACGUUCCACGAAAUGAUCCCCUUUUGCGUCCCUUUAAUAUUUUAAGUAGAAAUUGUGCACCAUUAUUGCGUUUUCAAAAGCCUGUUGUAUUAAAUGAAUCAGAUAUUUUUUUUAUGAAUUAGAUAUUUUUUUAUAUGAAUAAAGACUUGCUAAAGUGUCAGAAUUCAUCAUUUUGACAUGUCCCUCUGUGCACCCUGUGCCUUUUAGGAAGAUUUUAACCCACUUAACCCCAAAAUGUCUCCAGGUUUUCAGCAUCAUUUUAAAGCCCUAGUUAUUUUGUUGAUUAUUAUUAUUUAUUUCAUGUGAUUAGCGAUACAUUUUAAGGAAGAAAAAAUAACUGUCCCUCAUUGUAAGGUCAACCCUGUUACAUGAACUGAACUCUCGUUUUAAUAUGGUGAAACUAUUGCUUUUUAAAUCUGGUAAAAUCAGGUGAUCUGGUUGACUCUUUUUGGCAAUUUUAUGGUGUUUUGUGGUGGAAAACUGAGUGGGUCAAGCAUUACAUGUCAACCCUUUCACCCAUAAAUAGACAGGCUAGAAAUGUCUUAAAAAUGUAAUUUAUUUUGUGAAGUUUGCAUUCAAUUGCCCCUCCCUGUUGUACUCAACAAGCCUGCACAAGGGGACUCAUGGCUGAUUUAAGAUGAAACAAUCAACCCUGUUACGGUCAACCGUGUUGCUUUAUUUGGCGCUUAAAGCUAGAAUUCUUAGGGCUGGAUUCAAUCCGUAUCGCAGAAGUAUCGUGCUCUUUAAUUAUUUGUAACUUUUAUUUCUAUGUCAUUUUUAUUUAUUUUUUUUAGUAUUUUUUCUUUAAACUGCAUUGUUGGUUAAGGGCUUGUAAGUAAGCAUUUCACUGUAAGGUCUACACCUGUUGUAUUCGGCGCAUGUGGCAAAUAAAAUGUGAUUUGAUUUGAUUUGAUUUGAAGAUCCGCAUUCUAGCUCGAUUGAAAUUUAAGGGCAAUAUUCCCUUGUUCGCAGAGACUGCAUUCAUGGUAAACGCUGCAUAUCUCAGCUCAAUCGGAAAUCACGAUUACUACGAUUAGUAGUAAAGUAGAAGACAUGAUUUCAUAAUCUAGACGUUACAUUGACCAGGAACUGAACCCUGAAAAACUGGAUUAGGGCACACGGAGAGCAAUUUGAAUAAGUUCUGUGAAGGUUGAUUGUUGGGCUUGUGGUACGUGUAGCGUUGCUGAUCUCUCCCCUCUGCACAUGGUACACUGUCAUAACAGCAGACAGGCUUUCCUUUCUGUGCAGCCUUACGAGUGCCUGGGGGACAGCUCUCACUGCACACUGACACAGGUAUCUUUAGGGGACAGAGAGCAUACAUGGUUUACUCUAAAUGUUUUUACUUCAACAGGGUUUGUUAAAUAAAUGUUUUCAAUUGGAAUAUUGAGCCAAACAAUAUGGAAGAAAAUGAUGUUUUAUUGUCACGUAUAGGUGCAGUGAAAUGUGUUGUUUUACAGGACUAGCCACAGUAUAAAGCGCCCUCUUUGGCCUCAUGGGUGGAAAGUUAUAAAUAUUUUUCAUAAUUUCAUAAUUGAUUAAUAUUAUUACAUUUUUUUACUAACGAAAAUCCUGUGUUUCUAUGUCAAACAGUUUUUUUUUAUAUUUCAGUCAUCUGUGAUGUAAACUAUAUAUACAAAAGUAUGUGGACACCCCAUUCAAAUUAGUGGAUUCGGCUAUUUCAGCUACACCCGUUGCUGACAGGUGUAUAAAAGUCGAGCACACAGCCAUGCAAUCUCCAUAGACAAACAUUGGUAGUAGAAUGGCCUUACUGAAGAGCUCAGUGACUUUCAACGUGGCACCGUCAUAGGAUGCCACCUUUCCAACAAGUCAGUUCGUCAAAUUUCUGCCCCUGCUAGAGCUGCCCCAGUCAACUGUAAGUGCUGUUAUUGUGGAGUGGAAAUGUCUAGGAGCAACAAAGGCUCAGCCGCAAAGUGAUAGGCCACACAAGCUCCCAGAACGGGACCGCAGAGUGCUGAAGCGCACCGAGUUCCAAACUGCCUCUUGAAGCAACGUCAGCACAAGAACUGUUAGUCGGGAGCUUCAUGAAAUGGGUUUCCAUGGCCGAGCAGCUGCACACAAGCCCAAGAUCACCAUGCACAAUGCCAAGCGUCAGCUGGAGUGGUGUAAAGCUCGCCGCCAUCGGACUGGAGCAGUGGAAAAGCGUUCUCUGAAGUGACGAAUCAGCUGCAGGGCAUGGUGGACUAGAGUUAACCAAUCAGAGACAGGCGUGAUGGGACGGUUAUUAUUGCCUCAAUUGUAAUAAUAUAUCAUCACUCUGCUGCUUUAAAAACAGGAUUACUUUUUACGGCAUGAGGGACAUCAUCAGUGAUCAUUAACUUUCUGGAGUUGGGGGGUACUAUUUAUUAUAUUCAAUUACACUAUCCUGUAGGUCGAUAGCAUAAUGAAGGGGAAUGUCCUCUUUCCCAGUUUGGCUUCAGCUGUGUGGUAGAGCUCCGGGGCUUCAGCUGUGUGGUAGAGCUCCAAGGCUUCAGCUGUGUGGUAGAACUUCAGGGCUUCCGCUGUGUGGUAGAACUCCAGGGCUUCAGCUGUGUGGCUCCGGGGCUUCAGCUGUGUGGUAGAGCUCCGGGGCUUCAGCUGUGUGGUAGAGCUCCAGGGCUUCAGCUGUGUGGUAGAGCUCCGGGGCUUCAGUUGUGUGGUAGAGCUCUGGGGCUUCAGCUGUGUGGUAGAGCUCUGGGGCUUCAGCUGUGUGGUAGAGACUCCAUGGGGCUUCAGCUGUGUGGUAGAGCUCCGGGGCUUCAGCUGUGCGGUAGAACUCCAUGGGCUUCAGCUGUUUGGUAGAGCUCCGGGGCUUCAGCUGUGUGGUAGAGCUCCGGGACUUCAGGACUGAAUGCAUCUCAAUAGUCUGACAUGACCGUGUUUCCUCGUCUCCUCCUCUUUCAUCUGCACUGAUCAAAAAACACCGGACCGAUAAAUGAAAGAAGGCAAUUGGCUUUCAAUUGUCUAGUUAUUUUAUAUCAGUGCAGAAGAGGGAAAGGAGAAGGCAAGGAGAUGCACCCAGUGACUGUAAGGUAGGGUCAGCUGUGGAGCUGAGUGGGUGGUCUUAGGCCUUGAGUCUGUGGGGUAGGCCUUGCUGUGGAGCUGAGUGGUUAGUCUGCCCUACACUCUUAGAAAUAGAUAGGAUAACCCUUUUUGGUUCCAGGUAGAACCCUUUUGAGUUCCAUGUAAAACCCUUUUUUGUAAGAGUGUAGGCCUAGAGUCUGGGGGUCAGCUGUGGAGCUGAGUGGGUGGUCUGUCCUAAGCCUAGAGUCUGGGGGUCAGCUGUGGAGCUGAGUGGGUGGUCUGUUCUAAGCCUAGAGUCUGGGGGUCAGCUGUGGAGCUGAGUGGGUGGUCUGUCCUAAGCCUAGAGUCUGGAGGUCAGCUGUGGAGCUGAGUGGGUGGUCUGUCCUAAGCCUAGAGUCUGGGGGUCAGCUGUGGAGCUGAGUGGGUGGUCUGUCCUAAGCCUAGAGUCUGGGGGUCAGCUGUGGAGCUGAGUGGGUGGUCUGUCUAAGCCUAGAGUCUGGGGGUCAGCUGUGGAGCUGAGUGGGUGGUCUGUCCUAAGCCUAGAGUCUGGGGGUCAGCUGUGGAGCUGAGUGGGUGGUCUGUCCUAAGCCUAGAGUCUGGGGGUCAGCUGUGGAGCUGAGUGGGUGGUCUGUUCUAAGCCUAGAGUCUGGGGGUCAGCUGUGGAGCUGAGUGGGUGGUCUGUCCUAAGCCUAGAGUCUGGGGGUCAGCUGUGGAGCUGAGUGGGUGGUCUGUCCUAAGCCUGGAGUCUGGGGGUCAGGGCUCAGGGGACCUUGGGCCCGAGGCUCAGGAUGGGCCAGGGCAGAGCCUCAGGAGUCUGGGGGUCAGGGCUCAGGGGACCUUGGGCCCGAGGCUCAGGAUGGGCCAGGGCAGAGCCUCAGAACUGAUCGUCAGAGCUGAUGGUUGAAUAACUGUGAUGUUAUGCACGUGCAGCAGAUACUCUUCCUGGGGUCCACAUAAAACAUACAAAUACAUGUGUCGUGACUUCACUUUAACAUUAAUCUGAAGACUGUUAUUUAUCUAAUUAACUAAAUAUGUUUAAUUGUUACCCGAUUCAAUUAAUCAUGUAACAAUUUAACUCAUUAGGAUCUGGGGCACAACGAGAGCAGUUCUUUAAAGAGUCACCUGAAUUAAACUCUAAAACGUCUUUACCUAUCACAUCUAUAAACAGGCAACUUAUUAAUCAUAACCUCGUAUCAUAUCAUCAUUCUGAACAGUCAAAACCCGAGCCUUACUUAUGAUUCAGUACUACACAAAUUGGUUUAAUUAUUUAUUUACUAGUUAAUUAAAUGGGAACACAGGAUAAACACACACACUGUCACGAUUUAAACUGAAUAUGAACCCAAAUGCAGACAACUACACCGAGCCAGAGAAGGUUUAACAGGUUUAUUUCAAAGUUAAAUAGUCCAGGUUUCCAAAAAUAGGGGAAGAGCAAGUCCAGGUCUACAGGGAGGGUAACAGGUCCAGGGUUCUGAGCAGGAGUGGUACCGUAACGUCCUAGUGUCCGUGGUGAGUCCAAAUGUGAGGUCCAGUAGUGGAAAGCAGGAUGGUGGUGGCAGGAGUGAAGCGGAGGCAGGAGUCAGGUUCCAAUAAUCUGUGGCACAGGAGAAAAGUAAAUAGAACAGGCCAAAAACACAAAGAGCGAAAACAAGCAGGUUGAGUCAGCAGCGAGACUAACAUGGUCGUCUUGACUAUGAACUGAUGAUGAGUGGCAAGUUUGACCGGGUCUUUAAGGCUGAGGUGAUUAUGGUGAAUGAGCUGCAGCUGGAACCCUGACUCCCGCACACCAGACUUCACUCCUGCAAUUAAGAACAGACAGAGGGGAGGGGGAGAGCAGAGAGAGAGAGCUACCUAGCAGCAGUAGGCCUAACACACACUCUGCACCGGUUAUUGACUUGAGACUUAAUACGCUGAAAACAGGUCCCUAGCGGAAUGGCAACAACAUGGAUGCUGGUUAAAGAAGAGAUGUAGAGGAAGAGAGAGGUCUAAUGUGUUAAUUCGUAACCCCAUCAUUUAUACCUUUUUGAUCGAAAGGGGUGGUUGCGGCAGGCUGUUACGCUCCCUGACCUCACUUCGAGGCGGUUAUUACUCACUGUGCAAAGUUAUGGAAAACAAUUAUCUCUUACAGCUUCUCAAAUCACAUCCCUCUCUUAACAAAAAAAACUUUCAUCAUUUUUCAUAUUACAUGCACAACGCAUAGUAUGGAAACUUCAUCUAUGUAGUGGGUAUACUUUCCAAGUUACAGUAUUUAUUUAUAACAUUUUUAAUGACAUCACAAAAUAACAAACAAAAUGACAUUAGUGUUCUAUAGAUCACCUCUGACCUCCCCUCGUUCUACGUUAGAAAUAUUGUUCCAGUAUUCGCUUUUGAAUGUGUUAGAGUUUCAGCGGGGGAAAAAGGGUAUUUUGAGACAAAGAACAUUCCUUUGGUGAAUUUGGAGAGCACAGGCCUGGAUCUUCUCCCUUGAUUUACAACAGGACGUGAGUUGUUAAUCCCCAAUAGUUAUUUCCUUCCCCCUCUACGGGUGAGAGGGGGUCUGAUUGAAGUUAUUAAUUGCAAACCUGAUAUGACCUAUUUGUAUUCUCGUGAUCAGUCAUGACACAUGACAAAGUACAGAACAGUACUAGACAAAAACAACAUAAGAUAUUACAUUAAAUAAAACAUAAAUAUAAAAUAAGAGUUCUGUAUAAAGAAAGACAACCAAGAAAUAGCAAAAAUACUAUUUACACAUUCUUCAUCUAUACAGUAAAGUACAUAUUCAUAUUCUUAUAUACAGUACUGUUAAAUUAGAUCUUUAAAAAGAGGAGAGGCGCUGUGAUACAAUAUGUUUUUUAUCUGUUUAAAAAAAAAAACUAAACUUGCUUCUUGCCUGAGUAACCUCUGGUGGCAGAGCAUUCCACGAUGACAUGGCUCUAUACAUAACUGAGCGACGCAUUAAAUCUGUUUUUGGUUUGGGUACCGUGAAGAAAACCCAUAGUGGCGUGUCUGGUGGGGUGUGUCUGUCUGUUUUGAAGUGUAUGAAAAUAUAUUACACAAGUGGUUAGGCAUUUUCAACACACAAAUUGUUCUUAAAGACUAGAAGAGAAGUAGUACAUUUCUCCUCAAACCUCAACCAUGUCAAAUCAAAUCAAAUCAAAUGUAUUGGUCACAUACACAUGGUUAUCAGAUGCUAUUGUGAGGGUAGCGAAAUGCAUGUGCUUCUAGUUCCGACAGUGCAGCAAUAUGUAGCAAGUAAUAUCUAACAGUUCCACAACAAAUACCUAAUACAAACAAAUCUAAGUAAAGGAAUGGAAUAAGAAUAUAUAACUAUAUGGAUGAGCAAUGUCAUUAUCAGAGUGGCAUAGGCGAAGAUGCAAUAGAUAGUAUAGAAUACAGUGUAUACAUAUGAGAUGGGUAAUGCAAGAUAUGGUCCUCCCUCUGCUGUUUCCUGAAGUCCACGAUCAUCUCCUUUGUUUUGUUGACGUUGAGUGAGAGGUUAUUUUCCUGACACCACACUCCGAGAGCCCUCACCUCCUCCCUGUAGGCUGUCUCAUCGUUGUUGGUAAUCAAGCCUACUACUGUUGUGUCGUCUGCAAACUUGAUGAUUGAGUUGGAGGCAUGCAUGGCUACGCAGUCAUGGGUGAACAGGGAGUACAGGAGGGGGCUGAGCACACACCCUUGUGGGGCCCCAGUGUUGAGGAUCAGCGAAGUGGAGAUGUUGUAGCCUACCUUCACCACCUGGGGGCGGCCCGUCAGGAAGUCCAGGACCCAAUUGCACAGGGCGGGGUUGAGCUUGGAGGGUACUAUGGUGUUGAAUGCUGAGCUAUAGUCAAUGAACAGCAUUCUUACAUAGGUAGUCCUCUUGUCCAGAUGGGAUAGGGCAGUGUGCAGUGUGAUGGCGAUUGCAUCGUCUGUGGACCUAUUGGGGCGGUAAGCAAAUUGAAGUGGGUCUAUGGUGACAGGUAAGGCGGAGGUAAUAUGAUCCUUGACUAGUCUCUCAAAGCACUUCAUGAUGACAGAAGUAAGUGCUAUGGGGCAAUAGUAAUUUUGUUCAGUUACCUUUGCAUUCUUGGGUACAGGAACAAUGGUGGACAUCUUGAAGCAUGUGGGGACAGCAGACUGGGAUAGGAAGAGAUUGAAUAUGUCCGUAAACACACAAUUUCCUAUUGUAGUCCUUGAUUGUCUGUAAACUCUGCCACAUCUCGUGUCUGAGCCGUUGAAUUUCAACUCCACUUUGUCUCGAUAUUGACAUUUUGCCUGUUUGAUUGCCUUGCGGAGGGAACGACCACUCUGUUUGUAUUCUGCCAUAUUCCCCGUCAACUUGCCAUGGUUAAAUGCGGUGGUUCGUGCUUUCAGUUUUUCGCAAAUGUUGCCAUCUAUCCACGGUUUCUGGUUAGGGUAGAUUUUAAUAGUCACAGUGGGUACAACAUCUCCUAUACACUUCCUUAUAAACCCACUCACCAAAUCAGUAUAGUAUUCUCAGAGGCUACCCGGAACAUAUGCCAGUCCACGUGAUCAAAACAAUCUUGAAGCGUGGAUUCCGAUUGGUCAGACCAGCUUUGACUAGUCCUUAGCACGGGUGCUUCCUGUUUGAGUUUCUGCCUAUAGGAAGGGAGGAGCAAAAUGGAGUCAUGGUCAGAUUUGCCAAAAGGAGGGCGGGGGAGGGCCUUGUAUGCAUCGCGGAAGUUCAUGUAACAAUGGUCCAAUGUUUUUCCAGCGCGAGUGCUACAGUCAAUAUGCUGAUAGAAUUUAGGUCGCCUUUUUCUCAAAUUUGCUUUGUUAAAAUCCCAAGCUACAAUAAAUGCAGCCUCAGGAUAUAUGGAUUCCAGUUUGCAUAAAGUCCAGUGAAGUUCUUUGAGGGCCGUCGUGGUAUCGGCUUGAGGGGGGAUAUACACGGCCAUGACUAUAACCGAAGAAAAUUAUCUUGUGAGAUAAUCCGGUUGGCAUUUGAUUGUGAGGAAUUCUAGGUCAGGUGAUCAAUAUGACUUGAGUUCCUGUAUGUUGUUACAAUUACACCAUGAGUCGUUAAUCAUGAAACAUACCCCCCCACCCUUCUUCUUCACGGAGAGAUGUUUAUUCCUGUCGGCGCGAUGUACUGAUGGCUGUAUAGACGGGGACAGCAUAUCCCAAGAGAGCCAUGUUUCCGUGAAAUAGAGUAUGUUACAAUCCCUGAUGUCUCUCUGGAAAGCAGCCCUUGCCCUGAUCUCGUCAACUUUGUUAUCUAGGGACUGGACAUUAGUGACUAAUAUACUCGGAAGCGAUGGGUGGUGUGCGCGCCUCCUAAGCCUGACUAGAAGACCGCUCCGGCUGCCUCUUCUCCGGCGGACUUGUUUUGGGUCGGCCUCUGGAAUCAGUUCAAAUGCCCUGGGUGGUGCGGACAAAGGCUCCGCUUCGGGAAAGUCGUAUUUCUGGUCGUAAUGCUGGUAAGUUAACGCCGCUCUGAUAUCCAAUAGUUCUUCCCGGCUGUAUGUAAUAACACUUAAGAUUUUCUGGGCUAACAAUGUAAGAAAUAAUAUAUAAAAAAAACGAAAUACUGCAAAGUUUCCUAAGGACUAGAAGCGAGGCAGCCCUCUCUGUCAGCGCCAUUUUUGUGUGUCUUACCAUGUUGGAGUGAGUAUGCGUGUGUAUGUCACAGAGAAUGUGGAAUCAUUUCUGUUCUUCCCUCUGCUGUGGUAAGUCCCCCUUUAUCGUAUGAAUAACAUGCGUUUAGCCCCUACGUAAGUCAUAGUGUAUAGGCCUGUAUGACAUUGUGAAUUGACCUUCAAAGGCACAUGAUCCAUUUAUGAGGUAAGACAUGCAAUAAUAACGGCCGUUUGGCAUUGAAGAGACGACUUUAAAGGUGAGUCUAGACUGACUGAUCUACAAAUCACCUUGCAUCAUAAAUAACUAUUGAAUAUUAUUUGUAGAUCAGUCAGUCACAAUUUACCCAUGAUACAUCACGGUGUUAAUGCUCUCGAACAGAGCCUGGACGUCACGAGUCGUGUUUUGUUUUGUAUUUUGAUGCUUUAACUAAUUAAAGUCAUGUUUGUUAAUCACGCUGCGCCUUGGUCUACUCCUUACCUCGACCUUGACAGAAAAACCCACCAAAACCAGACCAAGCAGCGUGUCCAGGAGCCAUCGCUAGCAGAUCUCCGUGGCAACCUCGACUGGGUCAAGCCUAGUGAGGAGCAGAGAGGGUGGACUUGGGACCAGUUGAGGAAGAGCUUCGACUGGGUCAAGCCCAUUGAGGAGCUGAAUGGCGGGAGUUGGAGACAGAGGAGCGAGAGUUGGGCGAGAACGAUGGAGGCCUGGCCCACGGGGAGGAGAGACCCCCAGAAAUUUUUUAGGGGGGGGCUCACGACGUCGGGGCAGCAGGAGGCCGCGAUAGAGCGGUCCAGCGGGUUGGCAGAGGAGGCCGCCAGGUUACGGGAGUCACUGGUCACCAGGGGGAAGGAGGUUGUAGAGGCACGGCGAGAGGUACUGGCGUGUGUUGCCAGUCCGGUCCGGCCUGUUCCUGAUCCCCACGUAGGGCCAGUGGUGUGUGUUCCCAGUACGGUCCGGCCUGUUCCUGCCACUCCCACCAAGUCAGUGGUGCGUUUCGUCAGCCCGGCGCGGCCCGUUCCUGCUCCCCGCACCAAGUCAGUGGUGCGCGUCGUCAGCCCGGUCCGGCCCAUUCCUGCUCCCCGCACCAAGUCAGUGGUGCGCGUCGUCAGCCCGGUCCGGCCCAUUCCUGCUCCCCGCACCAAGUCAGUGGUGCGCGUCGUCAGCCCGGUCCGGCCCAUUCCUGCUCCCCGCACCAAGUCAGGGGUGCGCUUCGUCAGCCCGGUCCGGCCCAUUCCUGCUCCCCGCACCAAGUCAGGGGUGCGCUUCGUCAGCCCGGUCCGGCCCAUUCCUGCUCCCCGCACCAAGGCAGUGGUGCGCUUCGUCAGCCCGGCUCGGCCCGUUCCUGCUCCACGCACCAAGCCUAUGGUGUGCGUCGACAGCCCAGCCCGGCCUGUCCCUGCUCCACGCACCAAGCCUACGGUGUGUGUCGACAGCCCAGCCCGGCCUGUCCCUGCUCCACGCACUAAACCUACGGUGCGCGUCGCCAGCCCGGUCCGGCCUGUUCCUGCCACCCGCACCAAGUCUAUGGUGCGCGUCGCCAGCCCGACCCGGCCUGUUCCUGCCACUCGCACCAAACCUACGGUGCGCGUCGCCAGCCCGGUCCGGCCUGUUCCUGCCACCCGCAACAAGUCUACGGUGCGCGUCGCCAGCCCGACCCGGCCAGUUCCUGCCACUCGCACCAAACCUACGGUGCGCGUCGCCAGCCCGGUCCGGCCUGUUCCUGCCACUCGCACUAAGCCAGGGGUGCGAGAAGUCAGCCUGGUAAGGCCCGUUCCUUCUCCACGCACCAAGCCAGGGGUGCGCGUCGUCAGCCUGGUAAGGCCCGUUCCUCCUCCACGCACCAAGCCAGGGGUGCGAGUCGACAGCCUGGUAAGGAUCGCUCCUGUUAAGUCCAGUCCUGCUCCAGCCGGCGGGGCCAGACUGGACCAGGGGCACUAUGGGGGGUGUAUUGGAGGGUGGUGGUCAAGGCCGGAGCCAGAACCGCCGCCGAGGAGGUAUGCCCGCCCAGCCCUCCCCUGGUUUGUUUAGUUGAGGCGCGGUCGCAGUCCGCGCCUUUAGGGGGGGGUACUGUCACACCCUGGCUCUGGGACUCAUUAUGUUGAGCCAGGGUGUGUUCAUUUCUAUGUGUGUAUUUCUGUGUUGGUGUUCAUUCUAGUUUGUUGUAUUCUAUGUUUGCCUGAGUGACUCCCAAUCAGAGGCAACGAGUGUCAGCUGUUGGCUGGUUGUCUCUGAUUGGGAGCCAUAUUUAACUGUAUGUUUUCCCUUUGUGGUUGUGGGUUUUUGUUCCGUGUUCGGUCAUUGAUACCGUGGACGUCACGAGUCGUGUUUUGUUUUGUAUUUUGACGCUUUAACUAAUUAAAGUCAUGUUUGUUAAUCACGCUGCGCCUUGGUCUACUCCUUACCUCGACCUUGACACACUGUGUGUGUUUGCGUGCGUCCGUGAGAGAGUCAUUGCAUCUGUUCGUGCGUACCUGUGUGUGCACAUGUCUGGCAGACAGUUUAUUUGUUUAUGUUUGUGUAAUUUUGGCAGAUUGCAGUAAUUUUAUUUGAUGUAUUCACUUCCAUUAUUUAUCUUCACAUCACCUCAUUCCUUUGCAAUUUAGGCCCAUCAUAAUCAUCUAGAUAAGGAUAUUAAUAUCAUACUUUUGACAGUCACACUAAAUAAACAAUUAAUUCACUGUGCCUGAUUUAGCGAGGUAUUGAAGCAUGCUGUGUUCAAUUUGUUGUUAUUAUUUUUCCCAGCCCUGUGGUUGUUUAAUGAUCUUCUGAUGUGGCUGUUAGGCCAGGUUUAAUUAAAACCUGGGUUGUUUGUGUUGUGAAUUUGUGCAGACGCCUGUCAGAUCGUUUUCCAGGCGAGUGCUCUUCUGAGGGCCGUCCGUAGGGGAGUUAGAUCUGAGCUCAAGAACACAUGUGUUGAGGUGGAGGAGCCUGAGGCCUCCCCCCUGGCCCCCCCGUGGUUCCUUCUGGUUCCCCUCAGACCCCAGGUAGGCGUCGCCCUCUGACAAGCCCCCUGACUUACUGACAGAACUCCCCCAUGACUGCCCUGAGUACCCCCUCACUGCCUCCCACCUGGCUCCAGCAGAGGAAGUCAUGGCCUGCUCGUGGACCAUUGUGGCAUUGAUAGUGGUCAACUCUAUCUGGCCAAUACAGACUGGACAGAGGAAGAGCACUUUCUAAUCACAAAUGCAAUGUUAACUUUCAAACGUUCAGCCUCCCUGUUAAAUAACACUGAACUUUCAGCCUCCCUGCUAAAUAACACUGACUUUAUUGUAAGGCACAUAGAGUUGCAUAGCUGGGCUCCCUGCCUGUGCCAUUAAACCCCUACAACUCAUCCAGAACGCUGCAGCCCGUCUGUUGUUCAACCUUCCCAAGUUCUCUCACGUCACCCCGCUCCUCCGCACACUCCACUGGCUUCCAGUUGAAGCUUGCAUCUGCUACAAGACCCAUGGUGCUUGCCUACGGAGCUGUGAGGGGAACGGCACCUCCGUACCUUCAGGCUCUGAUCAGUCCCUACACCCAAACGAGGGCAUUGUGUUCAUCCACCUCUGGCAUGCUGGCCCCCCUACCUCUGCGGAAGCACAGUUUCCGCUCAGCCCAGUCAAAACUGUUCGCUGCUUUGGCACCCCAAUGGUGGAACAAGCUCCCUCACGACGCCAGGACAGCGGACCCACUCAUCACCUUCCGGAGACACUUGAAACCCCACCUCUUUAAGGAAUACCUGGGAUAGGAUAAAGUAAUCCUUCUACCCCCCCUUACCCCACCACAAAAAAUAUAUAAAAAAAUAUAAAAAAUAAAAGAUAAAAAAAUAAAAUGUAUUGUAAAGUGGUUGUCCCACUGGCUAUCAUAAGGUGAAUGCACCAAUUUGUAAGUCGCUCUGGAUAAGAGCGUCUGCUAAAUGACGAAAAUGUAAAAUGUAAAUGGACAUAGAGUUGCAAUGCAUAGAGUUGCAAUACAUAGAGUUGUAAUACAUAGAGUUGCAAUACAUAGAGUUGCAAUACAUAGAGUUGCAAUACAUAGAGUUGCAAUACAUAGAGUUGCAAUACAUAGAGUUGCAAUACAUAGAGUUGUAAUACAUAGAGUUGUAAUACAUAGAGUUGCAAUACAUAGAGUUGCAAAACAUAGACUUGCGAUACCUAUUCAAUGAACAUUUCCAGAAUACUUUCCUCAUUCAUGUAGCUAAAACAAAUCAAACCUAAUCAAAUUGUAUUGGUCACAUACACAUAUUUUGCAGAUGUUAUUGCAGGUGUAGCGAAAUGCUUGUGUUCCUAGAUCCAACAGUGCAGUAGUAUCUAACAAUUCACAACAAUACAGACAAAUCUAAAAGUAAAAGAAUGGAAUUAAGGAAUAUAUAAAUAUUAGGAUGAGCAACGUCUGAGUGGCAUUGACUAAAAUACAGUAGAAUAGAAUACAGUAUAUACAUAUGAAAUUAGUAAAGCAGUAUGUAAACAUUAUUAAAGUGACUAGUGUUCCAUUAUUAAAGUGACCAGUGAUUCCAUGUCUAUGUACAUAGGGCCGCGGCCUCUAAGGUGCAGGGUUGAGUAACCCGGUGGUAGCUGGCUAGUGAUGGCUAUUUAACAGUCUGAUGGCCUUGAGAUAGAAGACGUUUUUCAGUCUCUCGGUCCCAGCUUUGAUGCACCUGUACUGACCUCGCCUUCUGGAUGAUAGUGGGGUGAACAGGCCGUGGCUCGGGUGGUUGAUGUCCUUGAUGAUCUUUUUGGCCUUCCUGUGACAUCGGGUGCUGUAGCUAUGGGAUUGAUUACAUUAUGGUUAAUGUGGGAUAGUGAACAGAUAUGCUAAUGACACAGUCUUGGACUGCUGUAAGACAAUGGGACAGUCUUGGAUUGUUCUAAUACAAUGGGACAGUCUUGGACUGUUCUAAGACAAUGGGACAGUCUUGGACUGUUCUAAUACAAUGGGACAGUCUUGGACUGCUGUAAGACAAUGGGACAGUCUUGGACUGCUGUAAGACAAUGGGACAGUCUUAGACUUCUCUGUUGCCCAGUCCAAAAUCAACCUCUUACAACUAUCCCUGGACUCUAUGAAAGGAAAAGAGAUGGGGGUGUCAACGACAUGAAAUACCCCUCAGCAGGCCAGAUGGAGUUUCCACCAUAUUACUUAGAACCAAACCCAUCCAAUCCUUUCACAUGUCCAUUCUGGCAUGGGCUAGGGGUUAGGUGUUGGUUUCAGAGUAUGAGCCUCUCUGCCCAGACACAGGUGUUGACUCCUAAAACAUCUCAGUGAGACAGAGAGGCACAGAGGGCCUUAUCAUGGAGUCUGUCUCCCUCCACUGACUGUGUUGAAUGAGAGCAGCCUCUCUAGAUCCCUAUUUAGUCAAUGACAACAUGCAGAAGCGUCCUCUCUAUCGAUCUGAUGUUGACUGCGGGUAAUACUAUCUGCCAUGUUAUUCAGCACGGGUUGUAUAGUAAAGUUUCCUAAAAGGGUGGGAAAUACAUUGUUUUUUUUUUAUCACCAUUAUUAACUUGAUUAUUACAACAAAUUAUUAUGUUCUCCCAAUAUUGUAGAUACGUCUACUCCAGAUAGACUCUCACGUGUGCAUUAACAUUCUCAACAUUAUUUGCCAAGUCUUGCUUAAAACCCUUUCCUGCAGUCAAAUUACCAAAUCGCCCUCUAGUGGCCUCAUGGGUGGAAUGUUAUUAAUAUUUUUCAUAAUUUCAUAAUUUAUAAACAUUAUUUAAGUAAAUAAAAAACGCAUACAUCCGUUUUUCUAUGUCAAACAGUUUGCUGUAUUACAUGUCUUCUGUGAUGUAUAUAAAGUGUACUAUUGGGAUGCAAACUCAAAAUGUAAUACAUUUAAACUAUAUCUGACAUGGUACAGGUGUCUUCUUUUUUUUAAGCCCAUAACCAUGUGUGUGAGGCGUAUACUUUUGUUUCAAAGUGGAUUUGUUUAAGACUACCAAGAAACAGUAAAAGGUAAGGGGAAAUCUGCAAUUGCUACAUCCAUUUUUGGACUCAUAAAUUAAUGAUAUAUACCAAUUUGAUUCUUGAAGAAUAUAACUUAUAAAUACCUCAUGAGCUUUAGUUCAAGAGUCCUACCACAUCAGAAAAAAAUAUAAACUUGUUUUACUCCAAUGUUUGUAAACAAUACAAAUGUAAACAUACACUAUACAGCCUCAAAACAUGGUUAAAACUAUAAUUGUUAAUAUCAUGGAUGGUCAGUCCUUGCAUCCAUAGCUCUGUCUAUGAGUUUGAGAGUGGUUACAUUUCUCCAGGCCUAUCCCUUAGCCUUUUACCAAAACAGUCGGGGUAACCACUUUGUUACUGUGUCAACUGCAGAUUGGCCCUUUAAGAUAGAGAGGGUCAAUUCCUAACUAGAUAAAUUAGUGUGUAAAUCGUGCAGUGAUGUCAACGGUAGAUUUUGUUUUAAACGUUGUGACGUGUGCUCAUACAGCAGGCUACCUCAGCCCAUAUCGAUGACCUGGUUCCUGGAAAGACCCUAUCUGUUACACAAGCCCAUCUGUACAUCAGCCUAGCAUCAGCCAUUGUGAUCUAUCAUUACACACCUGACUGUCAUCCUUACAAUAUUGUUCUAUUAUCAUUCAAUAUGUAAGGAUAUGGAUAUUUCUACGUCUUCAGAAAUGUUACUUCAUCUCUCCAUUUCUAUAGCACAUAUAACAUUGUUUAUUGUAUACAUAGAACGUAGGUGUGCUCCUGUGGUCUGUGGUGUGUGCAGGCCUUCCCAGGCCAUAGUUAAUAAGUGUUUUGAUCAUUGAACAGAGCAACAGUUACCCCUCUGAGUGCACCUUGCCAGCCUGUUGCAUCUCCUAAUGCAUCUCCUAAUCACUUCCCCUAUCCCUCUGCCAGACCUGGAGACUAAUUAUGGUUCCACGCCACACCUGGUGAACCGUCGCCUCAUCGCCCCUGGCCCAAAUGUCAUCACCUGUGUAUGAAACACCUACCUGCCCCCGCCUGCCCGCCCGGCCUCUCCGUUCCUCCUGUACCCCCUGGGCUUACCGUAAAUUGGCAGGUCUGGGGUAAGGUCUCCUCACCGGUGCCCAUCCCUAAGUGCCACGUUUAACCGCUUCAGCGAGUCUUUGUCAUGCUUCGUUACAUCUGGCCUAACACGGCUCGUUAAAACAGUGCUCCAGGCAAGGCUGGGACAUCGCAGACGCACACAGGUGAUUUUCCGGUGCUCUAAGUUCACAACAACCCUCCCUGUCUCUCUCUGGGGAAGCCUCUCUGUAAUUGUUUUUCUUUGCCAGUCUGCUACAGUUAGUGGUGUUUUCCACUUAGAGGCCCUCAACUAAAACUGUGGCAGCUCAGGGAGAGAACGUCUUAUGGUUGGCGUCUCCACCCACAUGCUUUUCAUUAAACGGUAGGGGGGAUUUUGAAUGUCAAAAAGAAGAACAGCUCAUCCUUAAAAUAAGUUAGGGCCUGUUUGUUUACCUGUACUCUAGAGCUAAUGUGUGGUAUACGGCUGCACAUGUACAAUAUGCUUUACUGAAGUGAGAUGCAUUGUUGUACAGUGUUACAACAAAAUCUGAAAGAACACCCUCUCUCUCUCUCUCUCUCUCUCUCUCUCUCUCUCUCUCUCUCUCUCUCUCUCUCUCUCUCUCUCUCUCUUUCUCUUUCUCUGCCAGGCCUCACCUUUCAUAUAAUGGAUUAAUAUCUCUCAGAACCACAUCUCUGUCACAGGGCAACUAGUGCUCUCAAUGGACUCAGUGCAAUUGUAAUAACCGAGUGGUACAAAUGUAUGAUUUUUCCAUCUGUAAUGGGGACAUUUUAAGAUCACAAAUAUUUAGUUUAGAGUGAUCAACACAACGUUCAACAUAUUUAGAGUUUUGUGACACAUUAUUUCUAGUGUUCUAUGUGGGUUGAUGGCCACUACGUGCUGAAUGUUAUGGAUUAUUCUCAUGUCUGUUGAUCGUGAUUGAUGCCAGACUGGAGGUCCAAGGACCAAGGACACACCGAUUAUUCACUGUUCCAUUGAGUUGAUGACAUUCUGUGAACACUAACCAAGUUUCCAUACAACCAUUUCAUGACGAUAACUUCACUUACAUAUAGAAAAGUAAUGUCAGGGCUGAUAGAAAUAGGAAAUCCCAGUACAAAUUCAUAAACGUCGACCGACAAUUUGUUCAUUCGACAUGGUGGGAUCUUUUUGCGCUGGAAAUAUUAAUUAUGCGAGAAAUGUCGAUAGAAACACGUUUAUGCUUAAAUAUUGAUAUAAUAACCAUCAGAUCAAAGUAAACUUGUAGUCACGCGAUUAUAUGUUACGUUGUCGGUCUACCACCACCACGUGGAAUAGCAUGAAAAGUUUAUAGGCAGAUGACAUAAGUGAUCAUGAACUUCACAUGGUGGUUAGUGCACAGUGAUCAUGCAGAGCUAAAUAUCGAGGGUAGGCUAUUAUUUGAAAGCUGGUGACAUGAUGAUCGGUGCUUGGUUCUUGCUCUCAUCCAUAUCUCAUCACACUUUAUCAGUGGACUCUGGGACAAAACCAGAUCGGGCAAGUUUGCUAUCCAUCGCAACAGUUUUUGUGACAAAACCAUUGGUAGAGUUAAAAAUGCGAUUGGAAACCCAUUUAACUGAUAUAUUUGAUUCUGUACAUGGGAACUUAACCACAAAAGUGAUUUUUAUGUGCAAUACAUCAUCACGCACCGACUUUUAUCCGCAACAAAUUCGUUUGCUGGAAACACAACUCUGGUGGGAUUUUUAAAUAUUUGUUUUUGGCAGAUUGUAGAAUAUUUGCAUAAUGAACUGUCGCUAGCUACUGUGGGAUUCUGUAGCAGCUAAAAAAAGUCACUGUCUUUUUGUUUUCACUUCCUACAAGCCACUCGUGCUGGUGUUAACAGAACAUUUGUUUUGACUUCCUACAAGCCUAUCGGGCUGGUGUUUACAGAACAUUUGUUUUGACUUCCUACAAGCCUAUCGGGCUGGUGUUUACAGAACAUUUGUUUUCACUUCCUACAAGCCUAUCGGGCUGGUGUUUACAGAACAUUUGUUUUCACUUCCUACAAGCCUAUCGGGCUGGUGUUUACAGAACAUUUGUUUUCACUUCCUACAAGCCUAUCGGGCUGGUGUUUACAGAACAUUUGUUUUCACUUCCUACAAGCCUAUCGGGCUGGUGUUUACAGAACAUUUGUUUUGACUUCCUGCAAGCCUCUCGGGCUGGUGUUUACAGAACAUUUGGUGCUGUCUGAUUAUGAUAUAACGGGCCUCUCUCCAAGAGGCCAGUUAGGUAUCUUUUCAAGGUGUUUUUUAUGUGUUCUAUAUACCUAGUCCAAAUCAGUGUUAUGUUGAUGAUAUGACAGAAUUCAUCAAUAGUCAUGACAGCUGGUCAAGUUCAGUGUUAGCUACAAAACUUUUUAUCAGUAUCCUGUAUUUAGACAUAGCCUACAGACACAAAGUUAUUGGCACCCUUGCACUUUACAAUGGAGUGCAAUGGAGCAGAAUAUUCAGUUUAGUCUUUUCUACAGUGGUUGAAUGGCAAUUUCUACCCUGUAGGAGCAUGCAAUUGACCAUAACGUAAGAUACAUUACACAGUAAACAAGAAUCAUUACCUCCAACCAAAUGAAUUAAAAUGUUGAAUAAUUUAGUCCAGGUCAUUUUUUUUUACUUUAAAGUGAAAAAUCUUUUUUUUUUAAUUGGUUCUGAGCAGUUGUAAAUCAAAAAAAUGCAUGUGUAAACACCAAACAUGUUCGAUUAUUUUAGAAGUAAUAGUGAAUCAUGCAAGAGUUCCAAUAUAAAGUAUUUGAUCCCCUGCUGAUUUUGUACGUUUGCCCACUGACAAAGACAUGAUCAGUCUAUAAUUUUAAUGGUAGGUUUAGUUGAACAGUGAGAGACAGAAUAACAACAACAAUAUCCAGAAAAAUGCAUGUCAAAAUUUUAAUGAGGGAAAUAAGUAUUUGACCCCUCUGCAAAACAUGACUUAGUACUUGGUGGCAAAACCCUUGUUGGCAAUCACAGAGGUCAGAUGUUUCUUGUAGUUGACCACCAGAUUUGCACACAUCUCAGGAGGGAUUUUGUUCCACUCCUCUAUGCAGAUCUUCUCCAAAUCCUUAAGGUUUCGAGGCUGACAUUUGGCAACUCGAACCUUCAGCUCCCUCCACAGAUUUUCUAUGGGUUUAAGGUCUGGAGACUGGCUAGGCCACUCCAGGACCUUAAUGUGCUUCUUCUUGAGCCACUCCUUUGUUGCCUUGGCCGUGUGUUUUGGGUCAUUGUCAUGCUGGAAUACCCAUCCACGACCCAUUUUCAAUGCCCUGGCUGAGGGAAGGAGGUUCUCACCCAAGAUUUGACGGUACAUGGCCCCGUCCAUCGUCCCUUUGAUGCGGUGAAGUUAUCCUGUCCCCUUAGCAGAAAAAUACCCCCAAAGCAUAAUGUUUCCACCUCCAUGUUUGACGGUGGGGAUGGUGUUCUUGGGGUCAUAGGCAGCAUUCCUCCUCUUCCAAACACGGCGAGUUGAGUUGAUGCCAAAGAGCUCCAUUUUGGUCUCAUCUGACCACAACACUUUCACCCAGUUCUCCUCUGAAUCAUUCAGAUGUUCAUUGACAAACUUCAGACGGCCCUGUAUAUGUGCUUUCUUGAGCAGGGGGACCUUGCGGGCGCUGCAGGAUUUCAGUCCUUCACGGCGUAGUGUGUUACCAAUUGUUUUCUUGGUGACUAUUUAUUUAUUUAUUUAUUUAUUUCACCUUUAUUUAACCAGGUAAACCAGUUGAGAACAGGUUCUCAUUUACAACUGCUACCUGGCCAAGAUAAAGCAAAGCAGUGCAAUAAAAACAACACAGAGUUACAUAUGGGGUAAAAAAACAUAAAGUCAAAAAUACAACAGAAAAUAUAUAUACAGUGUGUGCAAAUGUAGCAAGUUAUGGAGGUAAGGCAAUAAAUAGGCUAUAGUGCAGAAUAAUUACAAUAGUAUUAACACUGGAAUGCUAGAUGUGCAAGAGAUUAUGUGCAAAUAGAGAUACUGGGGUGCAAAAGAGCAAAAUAAAUAACAAUAUAGGGAUGAGGUAGUUGGGUGGGCUAAUUUCAGAUGGGCUGUGUACAGGUGCAAUGAUCGGUAAGGUGCUCUGACAACUGAUGCUUAAAGUUAUUGAGGGAGAUAAGAGUCUCCAGCUUCAGAGAUUUUUGCAAUUCGUUCCAGUCAUUGGCAGCAGAGAACUGGAAGGAAUGGCGGCCAAAGGAGGUGUUGGCUUUGGGAAUGACCAGUGAGAUAUACCUGCUGGAGCGCAGACUACGGGUGGGUGCUGCUAUGGUGACCAAUGAGCUAAGAUAAUGCGGGGAUUUGCCUAGCAGUGAUUUAUAGAUGGCCUGGAGCCAGUGGGUUUGACGACGAACAUGUAGUGAGGACCAGCCAACAAGAGCGUACAGGUCACAGUGGUGGGUAGUGUAUGGGGCUUUGGAGACAAAACGGAUGGCACUGUGAUAGACUACAUCCAAUUUGCUGAGUAGAGUGUUGGAGGCUAUUUUGUAAAUGACAUCGCCGAAGUCAAGGAUCGGUAGGAUAGUCAGUUUUACGAGGGCAUGUUUGGCAGCAUGAGUGAAGGAGGCUUUGUUGCGAAAUAGGAAGCCGAUUCUAGAUUUAACUUUGGAUUGGAGAUUCUUUAUGUGAGUCUGGAAGUUGAGUUUACAGUCUAACCAGACACCUAGGUAUUUGUAGUUGUCCACAUACUCUAGGUCAGACCCGUCGAGAGUGGUGAUUCUAGUCGGGUGGGCGGGUGCCAGCAGCGUUCGAUUGAAAAGCAUGCAUUUAGUUUUACUAGUGUUUAAGAGCAGUUGGAGGCUACUGAAGGAUUGUUGUAUGGCAUUGAAGCUCGUUUGGAGGUUUGUUAACACAGUGUCCAAUGAAGGGCCAGAUGUAUACAAAAUGGUGUCGUCUGCGUAGAGGUGGAUCUGAGAGUCACCAGCAGCAAGAGCGACAUCAUUGAUAUACACGGAGAAAAGUGUCGGCCCAAGAAUUGAACCCUGUGGCACCCCCAUAGAGACUGCCAUAGGUCCAGACAACAGGCCCUCCGAUUUGACACACUGAACUCUAUCUGAGAAGUAGUUGGUGAACCAGGCGAGGCAGUCAUUUGAGAAACCAAGGCUAUUUAGUCUGCCAAUAAGAAUGCGGUGGUUGACAGAGUCGAAAGCCUUGGCCUGGUCGAUGAAGACGGCUGCACAGUACUGUCUAUUAUCAAUCGCGGUUAUAAUAUCGUUUAUGACCUUGAGCGUGGCUGAAGUGCACCCGUGACCAGCUCGGAAACCGGAUUGCAUAGCGGAGAAGGUACGGUGGUAUUCGAAAUGGUCGGUGAUCUGUUUGUUAACUUGGCUUUCAAAUACUUUCGAAAGGCAGGGCAGGAUGGAUAUAGGUCUGUAGCAGUUUGGAUCUAGAGUGUCACCCCCUUUGAAGAGGGGGAUGACCGCGGCAGCUUUCCAAUCUCUGGGGAUCUCAGACGUUAUGAAAGAGAGGUUGAACAGACUAGUAAUAGGGGUAGCGACAAUUUCGGCGGCUAGUUUUAGAAAGAAAGGGUCCAGAUUGUCUAGCCCAGCUGAUUUGUAGGGGUCCAGAUUUUGCAGCGCUUUCAAAACAUCAGCUGUCUGAAUUUGUGUGAAGGAGAAGCGGGGGGGGCAUGGGCAAGUUGCAGCAGACUAUGGUCCCAGCUGCCUUGAGAUCAUUGACAAGAUCCUCCCGUGUAGUUCUGGGCUGAUUCCUCACCAUUCUCAUGAUCAUUGCAACUCCACGAGUUGAGAUCUUGCAUGGAGCCCCAGGCCGAGGGAGAUUGACAGUUAUUUUGUGUUUCUUCCAUUUCCGAAUAAUCGCACCAACUGUUGUCACCUUCUCACCAAGCUGCUUGGCGAUGCAUUCCAGCCUUGUGUAGGUCUACAAUCUUGUCCCUGACAUCCUUGGAGAGCUCUUUGGUCUUGGCCAUGGUGGAGAGUUUGGAAUCUGAUUGAUUGAUUGCUUCUGUGGACAGGUGUCUUUUAUACAGGUAACAAGCUGAGAUUAGGAGCACUCCCUUUAAGAGUGUGCUCCUAAUCUCAGCUCGUUACCUCCUGAGUGGCGCAGUGGUCUAAGGCACUGCAUCGCAGUGCCAACUGUGCCACUAGAGAUCCUGGUUCAAAUCCAGGCUCUGUCGCAGCCGGCCGCGACCGGGAGACUCAUGGGCGGCGCACAAUUGGCCCAGCGUCGUCCAGGGUAGGGGAGGGAAUGGCCGGCAGGGAUGUAGCUCAGUUGAUAGAGCAUGGCGUUUGCAACGCCAGGGUUGUGGGUUCGUUUCCCACGGGGGGCCAGUAUAAAAAAAUAAAAAUAAAAAAUGUAUUCACUAACUGUAAGUCGCUCUGGAUAAGAGCGUCUGCUAAAUGACUAAAAUGUAAAUGUAAAUGUAAAUGUAUAAAAGACACCUGGGAGCCAGAAAUCUUUCUGAUUGAGAGGGGGUCAAAUACUUAUUUCCCUCACUAAAAUGCAAAUCAAUUCAUAACAUUUUUGACAUGCGUUUUUCUGGAUUUAUUUGUUGUUAUUCUGUCUCUCACUGUUCAAAUAAACCUACCAUUAAAAUUAUAGACUGAUCAUUUCUUUGUCCGUGGGCAAACGUACAAAAUCAGCAGGGGAUAAAAUACUUUUUUCCCUCACUGUAUUUGACUGCAUCUGUACACUGCGUGAUUAAAUCUCUCUGCUCUGUGCCUCCUGCCUCUUCCCUGGAGGAGCUCAGUGAUACAGUAACUUCCUCAGUGUUGUUCUCUCUCUCACCAUGUUGUUUUCAUUAUCAGCUGAACAGGUCCUCCUCUGAGAGAGGUGCACCCUGGGACAUCUUGUUAUGACCCUACUUACUAAGCAAAGGUAGUCUCAGGGAGGUAUUAGAGGAGAGGAGGGGAAACUGUUGCCUGGAGCGCCACAACACACCUCUCUACCUCUUUAUCACUCUCCAUCACUCCCCCUCCCUCCCUCCCCCCUCCCCCCUCCCUCCCCUCUCUUUCUCACAAAGGGAGGUAUUAGUUAAGAGGAGCCAAACUAUAGCCUGAGGCGACAUAACACUCAUUAUUUCCGUUUACAUCUCUUUAUCUCUCGCUCUCUCGCUCUCUGCCCUCACAUAGCCUGCAGCGCUAGUCUUAAUGAUCGGUUCCCCAACACCACAGCAGAUUAUUACACAAAGUGGGCCUUAAUGAGUCAUUACACAGGUUUACAGCGGAGACAUGUGUUUAGAGAGUUGGGAUAUUGAGUUUUUUUUACGUUAUGCCUCAGAGUGACCACAGUUUUUCAGUUCAUCCUGUCUUUUACUAUCUUCCAAGGGUGCAGCUGUGUGGAGAGAUGAGUAGUAACGGAGCUAACGUUAUCACUUGUUUGUGCGCUAUGACCUGAUACACAUAGCCACAAGAAGAAAACAAGGUAGCUCCUGAUUUGAACGGGGAGGGGUGGAACCAGCCAUGACUAAGCAUUUUUAGGACCACUAUAUAAGACGUCAGCAUUUCCUGUUCGUUGGGCUCUCACUCUAUCCACUUGGUUGUGUGGGUAUUGCGACCAAACAGUGCGGAGACAAUGAAGAGGUCAGUUUUCCUUUGUGUGACAGUGCUGUGCUUGGAGUUCUUCUGUUUAAUCUCCUCCCAGCCUCAGCCUCAGUCCCAGCCUCAGCAGUGUAGUCUGAUAGCGGGUCCCUCUGCCCUGCCCGUGCUACAGAGGGAGGGGGAUGUGAUGCUUGGGGGCCUCUUCUCCCUCCAUGACAUGGUGCUAGAGCCUGACCUCUCCUUCAACUCCAAACCAGCCGCCACACGCUGCACCGGGUGAGGGUCUGAGCUAGUCCUAGACUGCGGCCGUCACCAUGUAAGGAUUCAGUGUAGGACUCAUCCCUCUGUCCUCUCCUCUCCCAUGCAGGUUUAACUUCCGGACAUUCCGCUGGAUGCAGACCAUGAUGUUUGCCAUCGAGGAGAUCAACAGAGAUGAUAAUCUGCUCCCCAACUUCACUCUGGGAUAUAAGAUAUAUGAUUCCUGCAGUACUCCUUACCAAGCCUUGAGGGCUUCUAUGGAACUGAUGGGGGGAGAAGGGGAGGGAGAAGGAGAGGGGGAUGGGGGGGUCCUGUCGUGGCAUGGUACCGGUGGUCAUUGGGGAUGGAGGCUCCACUCUGUCUCUGGUGGUGGCUCGCUUCCUGGGAGUCUUCAGAGUGCCUCAGGUAGGCAGACUGACCACUCACAUCAACAGUAUACACUAAUCAAAUCAAAUCAAAUUUUGUGCCGAAUACAACAGGUUCACCUUACAGUGAAAUGCUUACUUACAAGCCCUUAACCAACAAUGCAGUUUUUAAGAAAAUAAAAAAGUGUUUAAGUAAAAAAUUGUAUCAGUAAAAAAUUGAAAAUAGCAAAUAAUUAAAGAGCAGCGGUAAAAUAAACUAACAGUAGGGAUGCUAUAUGCAAUGCAAAUAGUCCGGGUAUCCAUGAUUAGCUGUUCAGGAGUCUUAUAAUGGGGGUAGAAGCUGUUAAGAAGCCUUUUGCUCCGGUACUGCUUGCCGUGCAGUAGCAGAGAGAACAGUCUAUGACUAGGGUGGCUGGAGACUUUUUAGACAAUUUUUAAGUCCUUCCUCCCACUUCACAAUUUUAAGAUGUUACUAACAGAAGUACAUUGAGGAGCUACUUUCUCCUCUAAUCCUCUCUCUCUAUCUCCUCUCUCUCAGGGAUAUGGGGCGAGAGAGGUAGAGAGAGGCGCAGCGUCGAGAGCAGAGAGAGAAGAAGCGAGAUGAGAGAGCGCAAGAUAUAGUAGAGAAGAUAGAAGCUAGAUCUAAGCUCUCUCUCUAGCUCUCUCUCUCUCUCUACUCUCUCUCCUCUCUCUCUCUCUCUCUCUCUCUCUCUCUCAGGUCAGUUAUUUCUCCAGCUGUGCGUGUCUCAGUAACAAGGCAGAGUUCCCAGCCUUCCUCAGGACCAUGCCCAGUGACUUCUUCCAGGUGACUUCUCAUUCCAUGUAACUCUCUAACUCAUCCACUUUCUGUCUCUGGUAUAAAUCGCUAUCUAAUCUGUACUCUAGCCGGUUUGGUAGCAAUUGAGUGUGGGGAAAAAGUGAAUCCCUGUCUGAUUCCAGGUGGAUGCUCUGGUGCAGCUCGUCCAGCACUUUGGCUGGACAUGGGUGGGUGUGGUUGCCGGGGACGAUGCUUAUGGUCGUGGGGGAGCCCAGAUAUUUUCUGAGGAGGUUUGUGGGAUAUGGUGUAUUAUUUUGUCCAGUGUGGAGGAGGAAUAUACAAUGUGAAUGUGUUAUGGCUUAAAGUGUCUGCUAAGUGACCAUAGUAUACCAUUAUAGGUCCAGAAGCUCGGUGCCUGCGUGGCCCUCCAUGAAAUCAUCCCCAAAAACCACGCGGAGGGGGCCAUGGCCUCCAUCGUGGCCCGUAUUCGGUCCUCCGGGGCAGGGGUGGUUCUGGUGUUUGCCCUGGAGCAGGAUGCUGGAGCUCUGUUUGACGAGGCCCUGCGGCAGGGUCUGACAGGGGUUCAGUGGCUGGCCAGCGAAGCCUGGAGUACAGCCUCAGUCCUCUCCACCCCUCCCCGCUUCCUCCCCAUCCUCCAGGGCUCCAUGGGCUUUGCCAUCCGCCGAGCUGUACACAUCCCUGGGCUACAGAAGUUCCUGCUGCGUCUGCACCCCUCCAGCCAAGACGCCUCCAAGGACCCGUUCAUACGCCCCUUCUGGGAGGAGAUGUUUGGGUGUAGCCUGCAAGGUGUUGGGGGUGUAGGUGGUCAUGGGGGUAAACCUCUGUGCUCUGGGUCUGAGGACGUGGGCAGUGUGAGGAACAUCUACUCUGACGUGUCUCAGUUGAGGAUAUCCUAUAACGUGUACAAGGCUGUGUACGCCAUCGCCCACGCACUGCAGGCUAUGAGGAGCUGUGAGACAGGAAGAGGACUCUGCCCAGAUACUGGCGUCAUACAGCCAUGGCAGGUACUGGACUGGCACUGCUUAGCUCAAUGUACUGACGUUUUAAACAAGAAAAAUAGUUACUUUUAAAUAUAGUUUUGGACUGGCACUGCUUAGCUCAAUGUACUGACGUUUUAAACAAGAAAAAUAGUUACUUUUAAAUAUACUUUUGGACUGGCACUGCUUAGCUCAAUGUACUGACGUUUUAAACAAGAAAAAUAGUUACUUUUAAAUAUAGUUUUGGACUGGCACUGCUUAGCUCAAUGUACUGAUGUUUUAAACAAGAAAAAUUGUUACUUUUAAAUAUAGUUUUAGACAAACAUUUAUUUUACUUUUAUAUAUAAUUUUAAGUAAGAAAAAUAGUUACUUUUGAAUAUAGUUUUAAACAAGAUAAAUGGUUACUUUUAAACAUUCUGAAUGCACGCCCGAUUGUCGCUGACUCUCCUCAGCUCCUGCAUUACCUGAAGCAGGUGGAGUUCUCUAACUCGUUUGGAGAUGAGACUAAGUUUGAUGUGAACGGGGACCCAGUGGCUGAGUAUGACCUAGUGAACUGGCAGUUAGGGGCAGAGGGCCAGGUGGAGUUUGUCACAGUGGGGAGGUUUGACGAGACCACCAGCCUUGGCAGGAAGAAACUACACAUCCAGGAAACGGACAUCAUCUGGAAUGGAAACCAGACAACAGUAAGGCUCUCAUAAAUGUCUGAACUUCUUCUUUGGAAAAAUAAAAUUGUAUUUCUUAGAAAAUGGGGAGGCAAAGAAUAGCUGGAGGGAAUGGAUGCAACAGAGAACAUUCAUUUCAGUCAACAUCAUCCAACUAUAAUGUCUGUUAAAUGUUGUUUUGUAAGAAACUGCAUUUCAUAGUUUCGUUUUCCAUUUCAGAUGUAUUCUUUUGAAUCACAUGAUCAUAGAAUAUGGUCAAAUAAUACAUUAAUUAAGUCGAAUUUGUAUUAUUAUUAUUAUUUAUUUUUUUUAUCUCUGUUGCUCUUGUGUGUGUGUUCCUGUGCAUUCAUGUGGGUGUGUUUAAUUCUGACUGGAGUAGUGUGUGAUCUCCCUCCCCCUCAGGUCCCUCUGUCAGUGUGCAGUAGAAGCUGCACCCCAGGGACUCGGAGGGCCAUCAGGCCUCACUCCCCCAUCUGCUGCUUUGACUGUGUGGUCUGCGCAGCAGGGGAGAUGACCAAUCAGACAGGUGAGUGCAGUCUACAACGUGUAUGGAUGUAGAGAGUGUGUUGUCAUAACUCAGCCUCACUAGAGAAAUAUGUAUUCUCUUCUCCAGAUGCUAUAGAGUGUGUGCGCUGCCUGCCUGAGUUCUGGUCCAAUGAGGAGGGCACAGCCUGCGUCCCCAAGCAAGUUGACUUCCUGUCCUACGGUGACACAAUGGGUAUCACUCUGCUCUCCGUGGCCCUCCUGGGGUCCUUCUGCACUGCCACGGUCGUCCUCAUAUUCGCCUGUCACCGCGCCUCACCCAUCGUCAAGGCCAACAACUCUGAGCUGAGCUUCCUGCUGCUCUUCUCCUUGACUCUGUGUUUUCUGUGUUCUCUUACUUUCAUUGGCCGGCCCUCUGAGUGGUCCUGUAUGCUGCGCCAUACAGCGUUUGGGAUCACCUUCGUCCUCUGCAUCUCUUGUGUUCUGGGGAAAACAAUAGUGGUGUUGAUGGCCUUCAGGGCUACACUUCCAAGCAGUAAUGUCAUGAAAUGGUUUGGGCUUCCACAGCAGAGAGCCUUCAUCUCACUCUGUACUCUGGUCCAGGUAGAAACGUUGUAUCAUCUUUUAUAGACCCAGUUGUUCUCUUUGUAUCAUGCACCCUGGUUGGACUGUUAGCUAUCAACAUUACAAUUAUUUUCCUCCCCCCAGGUGGUGAUCUGUGCUGUGUGGCUGGCUGUGGCUCCUCCCACCCCACGCAGACUGAUGACACGUGAGAGUGCCAGUGUCAUCCUCCUGUGUGAUGAGGGCUCAGCCCUGGGCUUCUGUCUGGUGCUGGGCUACAUCGGCCUGCUGGCCUCUCUCUGUCUCCUCUUAGCCUUCCUGGCCAGGAAACUCCCAGACAACUUCAACGAGGCCAAGUUCAUCACCUUCAGCAUGCUGAUCUUCUGUGCCGUGUGGGUGGCCUUCGUCCCUGCCUACGUCAGCUCUCCUGGGAAGUACUCCACGGCCACGGAGGUGUUUGCCAUCCUGGCCUCCAGUUACGGCCUGCUGACCUGCCUCUUCCUCCCUAAAUGUUACAUCAUCCUGCUGAAGCCUGAAAAGAACAACAGGAAACAACUCAUGGCCAAGUCUGCACCUGACAAGACGUUAUAGUUGAUCUUACAACUUCUAUAACUUGGAUCAGGGAUGGGCAACUGGCCGCCCGCCUCCCUUUUGCAGGCCCGCGGAUUACUUUACUGUUGAGAGUUAGAAUAGUACAAUACACAAGGUCAUAUUUAGAAAUGUGGCUGUGCAUCAGCAUUUUCCUCUUGUUAUGUCAGUCACUGACAGCCACUCAAUUAACCCAUGUCAGCUAACAUUUUCUAGAUUGGUCUAGCCAGCUAUCUAAACUUGUAGUAAUCAUGGUCAAAUUACCACUCUCACUCAGAUAUCAUAUUCAAAACGGAAUAUACUACAACCUAUGGCAAAAUGAGUAGAAUUGCAUGAAAUUAGUUAUAGCAUUGCUAAAUGUGUAGAAUUGCAGAAAACUUGCUUUAAAACUUGUGUAGAUAUGCAGGAAAUUAAAUCUAAAACUUUUUCUCUCUGCUGUCAAGAGUGGGGCUGCUAAAAUGUUUUGCUAGCAGGGAGGGGGGCCCCCCCAACAAAAUGUAACUUAGGACCCUAAAUAAGGUUAGGGCCGGCUUUUACUGCAUGUGUGGGCAUGAAUGUGGGUAGGCAGACCCGCAAGCCACUGCGGCCACACAUGAGUUCAGAUUUUAUGUGGCCCCUCCCUGAUUUAGAUUGUGUGGAAAUUAUAAUGUAGCUUCCAAAAGUUCAAUCAGGAAGUCUGAAUGUUCGUUUAACGUUAUCCAGGAAGCAUAACAUAAUACCCAUGAAUACACACUUAUCAUCAGCAUAGUGGGAAUGAAUACACACGUAUCAUCAGCAUAGUGGGAAUGAAUACACACAUAUCAUCAUCAGCAUAGUGGGAAUGAAUACAGACAUAUCAUCAUCAAAGUGGGAAUGAAUACACACAUAUCAUCAGCAUAGUGGGAAUGAAUACACACAUAUCAUCAGCAUAGUGGGAAUGAAUACAGACAUAUCAUCAGCAUAGUGGGAAUGAAUACACACAUAUCAUCAGCAUAGUGGGAAUGAAUACAGACAUAUCAUCAUCAGCAUAGUGGGAAUGAAUACACACAUAUCAUCAUCAGCAUAGUGGGAAUGAAUACAGACAUUCAUCAUCAGCAUAGUGGGAAUGAAUACAGACAUAUCAUCAUCAGCAUAGUGGGAAUGAAUACAGACAUAUCAUCAUCAGCAUAGUGGGAAUGAAUACAGACAUAUCAUCAUCAGCAUAGUGGGAAUGAAUACAGACAUAUCAUCAUCAGCAUAGUGGGAAUGAAUACAGACAUAUCAUCAUCAGCAUAGUGGGAAUGAAUACAGACAUAUCAUCAUCAGCAUAGUGGGAAUGAAUACAGACAUAUCAUCAUCAGCAUAGUGGGAAUGAAUACACACAUAUCAUCAUCAAAGUGGGAAUGAAUACACACAUAUCAUCAGAAUAGUGGGAAUGAAUACACACAUAUCAUCAGCACAGUGGGAAUGAAUACAGACGUAUCAUCAUCAUAAGCAUAGUGGGAAUGAAUACAUACAUAUCAUCAGAGUGUUGUUCCAGAAAAACGCAUGUCAAAAUGUUAUAAAUUGAUUUGCAUUUUAAUGAGGGAAAUAAGUAUUUGACCCCUCUGCAAAACAUGACUUAGUACUUGGUGGCAAAACCCUUGUUGGCAAUCACAGAGGUCAGACGUUUCUUGUAGUUGGCCACCAGGUUUGCACACAUCUCAGGAGGGAUUUUGUUCCACUCCUCCUUGCAGAUCUUCUCCAAGUCAUUAAGGUUUCGAGGCUGACGUUUGGCAACUCGAACCUUCAGCUCCCUCCACAGAUUUUCUAUGGGAUUAAGGUCUGGAGACUGGCUAGGCCACUCCAGGACCUUAAUGUGCUUCUUCUUGAGCCACUCCUUUGUUGCCUUGGCCGUGUGUUUUGGGUCAUUGUCAUGCUGGAAUAACCAUCCACGACCCAUUUUCAAUGUCCCUGGCUGAGGGAAGGAGGUUCUCACCCAAGAUUUGACGGUACAUGGCCCCAUCCAUCGUCCCUUUGAUGCGGUGAAGUUGUCCUGUCCCCUUAGCAGAAAAACACCCCCAAAGCAUAAUGUUUCCACCUCCAUGUUUAACAGUGGGGAUGGUGUUCUUGGGGUCAUAGGCAGCAUUCCUCCUCCUCCAAACACGGCAAGUUGAGUUGAUGCAAAGAGCUCGAUUUUGGUCUCAUCUGACCAUAACACUUUCACCCAGUUCUCCUCAGAAUCUUUCAGAUGUUCAUUGGCAAACUUCAGACGGCCCUGUAUAUGUGCUUUCUUGAGCAGGGGGACCUUGCGGGCGCUGCAGGAUUUCAGUCCUUCACGGCGUAGUGUGUUACCAAUUGUUUUCUUGGUGACUAUGGUCCCAGCAGCCUUGAGAUCAUUGACAAGAUCCUCUCGUGUAGUUCUGGGCUGAUUCCUCACCGUUCUCAUGAUCAUUGCAACUCCACGAGGUGAGAUCUUGCAUGGAGCCCCAGGCUGAGGGAGAUUGACAGUUAUUUUGUGUCACCUUCUCACCAAGCUGCUUGGCGAUGGUCUUGUAGCCCAUUCCAGCCUUGUGUAGGUCUACAAUCUUGUCCCUGACAUCCUUGGAGAGCUCUUUGGUCUUGGCCAUGGUGGAGAGUUUGGAAUCUGAUUAAUUGAUUGCUUCUGUGGACAGGUAUAUUUUAUACAGGUAACAAGCUGAGAUUAGGAGCACUCCCUUUGAGAGUGUGCUCCUAAUCUCAGCUCGUUACCUGUAUAAAAGACACCUGGGAGCCAGAAAUCUUUCUGAUUGAGAGGGGGUCAAAUACUUAUUUCCCUCAUUAAAAUGCAAAUCAAUUUAUAACAUUUUUGAUUUUCUGGAUUUUUGUUGUUGUUAUUCUGUCUCUCACUGUUCAAAUAAACCUACCAUAAAAAUUAUAGACUGAUCAUUUCUUUGUCAGUGGGCAAACGUACAAAAUCAGCAGGGGAUCAAAUACUUUUUUUCCCUCACUGUAUAUGUCAACUUACCCAUGCUCUCUCACCUGCUGUAUUUCAGCAACAGUUUUCGACAACCGCCCACCUCCCCACCACUGACUGUUAUAAUAGCCUGAAAUGCUCGUCAUUGGAACUCCUUUCCCUAGAGUGCAGGGGGGGGGUUCGAUUGCAGCUGCCCAACAAAGGCAUCUAACUUUGAGGAGCAUUCCUUGGAGGCCAUGCUGCAAACUAUUUAAUACAAUUCCAUAUUGCAUUCUCUUUCUGUUCUUCAUUCAGUUCAGCCUUUACUCGAGUACAGUGUGCUGUUGUCCCUCCUCAGAGCCAGUUAUCUACCACAGGAGUGUGCUGUUGUCCCUCCUCAGAGCCAGUUAUCUACCACAGGAGUGUGCUGUUGUCCCUCCUCAGAGCCAGUUAUCUACCACAUGAGUGUGCUGUUGUGCCUCUUCAGAGUCAGUUAUUGUAAUUAAAUAUUCUUCAUCUUUACAUUGAUCCUCACUCAGAUUGUCCUCCGACACCUCUCUCAGAUCUUUGUAGCGUUUGACAGGUAUCCUAAUAAAAUAAGAGUUAUCUCUCACUGCAGGAGAACAAACAUGAAUUAUCCUCCUCUUUCACUGCUGAGUCAGAAAUCCACCCCUGCCUGCCUCCGGUAGCCCUGCAGGCUAGCACAGGCCAGAGUGAUGAGAGGGGCCAGAAUGAUGAGAGAGGCCAGAAUGAUGAGAGAUGCCAGUAAUGAGUGAGGCCAGAGUGAUGAGAGGGACCAGAAUGAUGAGAGGGGCAAGAGUGAUGAGAGGGGCAAGAGUAUUGAGUGAGUCCAGCCCUGCAUGUGUGUGCAUUGUACAAUCAAUAAGUGAGAGAGAGCCACAAUAUCAUAUUAAUUUGUAUAUAUCCACUGUAUACUUGAAUAGUGGCAAAGUUGAUUCCUGUUUCAGUCAAGUCUUUGGUCACAUUUGCAAAAACACCCUAAUGAUUAGUUGACUUUAGAGCCUCCCACAAUGCAAGUAAAGGCUGCAGGAUGCAGUUGGUGAAGAGCAACUGAAGAAACUUUCAGUCGCCUAUCUUUUACUUCAAGACAGAUGGAAACCACUGGCCUAUCUUUGAAUUCACCACAGAUGGAAACCACUGGCCUAUCUUUGACUUUGUCACAGAUGGAAACCACUAGUGUAUCUUUGACUACACCACAGAUGUCACCACUGGCCUAUCUUUGACUUCAACACAGAUGUCACCACUGGCCUAUCUUUGACUUCAACACAGAUGGAAACCACUGGUCUAUCUUUGACUUCACUACAGAUGGAAACCACUGGCCUAUCUUUGACUUCACCACAGAUGGAAACGACUGGUGCAUCUUUGACUACACCACAGAUGGAAACCACUGGCCUAUCUUUGACUUCACCACAGAUGGAAACCACUGGCCUAUCUUUGACUUCACCACAGAUGGAAACCACUGGCCUAUCAUUGACUUCUCCACAGAUGGAAACCACUGGCCUAUCUUUGACUUCUCCACAGAUGGAAACCACUGGCCUAUCUUUGACUUCACCACAGAUGGAAAUCACUGGUCUAUCUUUGACUUCACCACAGAUGGAAACCACUGGCCUAUCUUUGACUUCACCACAGAUGGAAACCACUGGCCUAUCUUUGACUUCACCACAGAAGGAAACCACUGGCCUAUCUUUGACUUCACCACAGAUGGAAACCACUGGUCUAUCUUUGACUUCACCACAGAUGGAAACCACUGGCCUAUCUUUGACUUCACCACAGAUGGAAACCACUGGCCUAUCUUUGACAUUCACCACAGAAGGAAACCACUGGGCCUAUCUUUGACUUCACCACAGAUGGAAACCACUGGUCUAUCUUUGACUUCACCACAGAUGGAAACCACUGGCCUAUCUUUGACUUCUCCACAGAUGGAAACCACUGGCCUAUCUUUGACUUCACCACAGAAGGAAACCACUGGCCUAUCUUUGACUUAACCACAGAUGGAAACCACUGGCCCAUCUUUGACUUCACCACAGAUGGAAAUCACUGGUCUAUCUUUGACUUCACCACAGAUGGAAACCACUGGCCUAUCUUUGACUUCCCCACAGAUGGGAAACCACUGCCUAUCUUUGACUUUGUCCGCCCCAGAUGGAAACCACUUGGCCUAUCUUUGACUUAACCCCAGAUGGAACACUGGCCUACUUCCUUCCCACAUAUGAAACCACUGGCCCAUCUUUGACUUCACCACAGAUGGAAAUCACUGGUCUAUCUUUGACUUCACCACAGAAGGAAACCACUGGUCUAUCUUUGACUUCUCCACAGAUGGAAACCACUGGCUUAUCUUUGACUUCCACAUCUAUUGUUAUCUCCAAUGUUUUGGCAUCUUCCACAAAAUGCAGCCGCGGAUCAGCCAUAAAAAUAGUUACAAGGAAUAAGAUGAAGUUCCGGUAAUAUGGAAAACUAUUGAAAGAUAGCUAAUAUGCAUUUUUCUACAUUGUAAUAGACACGGUGCAACCUUUGGUAGGUAGGCUGCUGGCAGGCUUCGGCUGUGGUACAGCGAAGCCAAGUCAGCCCGUGCUAAUGGUUCUCACAGGGGAAGUGAAAUGAAAGGCUACAAUGACUUUGCUUAUGAUCAUGUACACCCCAAAUGACAUGUAACUAUACUGUAAGUUCCUUGAAUUUAAUUUCUCAGGUGCCUUUUCAUUAUCUGAAUAGACACUUGUGGUUUCUAGCUAAUGUUACACCAAUCAAAGCAGUGGAGUGUCUUGUCUUACGCUGAGGGCAGCGUCUUAGCCAUAGGCUAAGCUGCGUGAUAGUACAUGGAUAACGUACCGGAAUAUUGAGCCAGUCAUAAUGGGGUUCCAUCUGUCAACUCGUACCCUUGUGUGUUGGCUUUGAUGUGAUUCUCGAAAAAAGUAUUGAGCUUCCCUGGCAGUGGAGAAUGUGUGUGUUGUGUUCUGGAAGGUCAAGAUGAGUUUUGCCGGGUGGAUGACUAAAACGAUAACUUAUUGACUUACAUCGUUGUGCAACAGCGUGGGUAAGUUCUGGGCAUCUUUCAGCUUGAACAAGUGGAUUUCUACUGGUGUGGGUAUUUAGUACAGUAUGAUGUAACAUCUGCCUCAAUGGAGCCAUCAGAUGUUGUUGAAGAACAGAUACUGUAUCUCCUGUGCUAUUACAUUACCUUCAAUAACAUCAACCUCAUAGGCUUUCUCCAAUUACCCCCAAUUACCUGUUCCCCAAGUUAUCCUCCAAUAACAAGCCCCAAUUAACACCAUCCUGCCCCUCCCGUCCCUACAAGCACCCCCUGGUGGCUGUGUACUUGUUUUUUAGCCGGGGGCUCAUUUUUCCCUAUAUCAACAGCUCCCCUUCUCUCCUCUUCCUCUCCCUCUUUCACUCUCACACUCUCUGAAGGAGAUGACAGACUGACAGACAUUCAUCCUCUCUCUCUCUCUGUGUCUGUCUGUUUGUCUGUCUGUGUCACCAGGAUCAGGUUUACUGUUGCUAGGUAGGGCAGAGGUAGAACAAGGUUUUGUGUGUCUAUAACUGUUGUUUCAUACAUGUCUGGUGACAGGUGUCUGUGGUGUAUGGUGUAUCUCUUCAUUGAUAGCACUUUUUGUUCAUGUCAUUCUAUCUACUCAGUGUUCUGUCUGUAAGGUCUUGGUUUGAUCUCUCCUCCAGGUGACGGUACUCUCCCAGUCCUCGGCCUUGUCUCUCUCCAGGUGAUGUGCCUGUGUGGCUGGCUGGGGCUGCUCUACUGCCUCCAUGUCCCUGGGUCUGUCUGGGGUCUGGCUGGAGAUGGAGGGGGGGCUUGUCGGCUGAUGGCUAAGCCCGUCUCCGGCAGUGUUUAUCGGGCAGGAGAUGUUGUCAUUGGGGGCCUGUUCCCCAUCCAUGUGGAAGCCCCUCUGCCAGAGCAGGAGUUCAGGAGCAUUACGGGAAAUGCUACAUGUACAAUGUACGCAGCUUGUGUGAUAACAGCUUUGUGUCAUUGUGUUUUCACUUGUGUACAGUGUAUUCAGUUACCUCCUAUCUUCCCGUUUCUUCCUUUCUUCCGUCUGUCAGUUUCUACCAGCGUGCUUACCGCUGGCUCCAGACUAUGAUCUUUGCAGUGGAGGAAAUUAACCGUGACCCAACCCUCCUGCCUAACCUCACCCUGGGGUUCCUGGCUGCUGACACAUGUCUGGCAGAGGGCACCACCCUGGGGGCAGCCCUAGCCAUGGUGACCGGCCAGGAGGCCUCCGUGGCGGGCACAGAGUGUGGCGCAACCCCUGAGGUUCCCGUCAUCAUCGGGGAUGCCCGCUCCUCAGCCUCCAUUGUGGUGGCACAGACCCUCGGGCCAUUUGAUUUACCCAUGGUGAGGCUUAGGGUUGGAUUACAGGUUGGGAUGAAAUGAUGACUCUCUUACACAUUACAUUUGAAUAUCUAUCUAGAUGACUCGCUCUCUAACAUUUACUUUUGCUCACCCUCUGCUCUCUGUCGCUUAAAAAUUAUAAUUCUCCCUGUCUCUCUCUCUCUCUCUCCCUGUCUCUCUCUCUCUCUCUCUCUCUCUCUCUCUCUCUCUCUCUCUCUCUCUCUCUCUCUCUCUCUCUCUCUCUCUCUUCUCUCUAUCUCUAUCUCUCUAUCUCUCUCUCUCUCUCUCUCUCCUCUCUCUCUCUCUCUUUCUCUCCCAGGUGAGUUACUUUGCCUCCUGUGCGUGUUUGAGUGACAACUGGAGGUACCCCUCGUUUUUCCGUACGGUACCCAGCGAUGCCUUCCAGGCUCUGGGCAUGGCCAGGCUGCUGCGUCGGCUGGGCUGGGUGUGGGUGGGGCUGGUGUCUGGGGAUGAUGACUAUGGCAAGUUUGGUAUUCAGCUGCUUCUCCAAGAGCUUCAGGGAUCUGGGGUGUGUGUCGCCUACUCUGAGGUCAUCUCCAAGGUUUGACCUCACUCUGAUGAUCUGACAAUAUACACUUUUUUUGCGCUCUCUUUCUCUCUCUCUCUUUUACUCUUACCCCCCCUCUCUUCUAAUCUAACAGAAACCCUCUCUCUGAUUUUCUCUGACUCUCUUCCCUCUCUCUCACUGAUGGUCAUCCCCAAGGCACCGUCUAAGAGACAGAUCAGGCACAUCGUGGACACCAUCAGAGGAUCUACUGCCAGAGUGGUGGUGACAUUCGCUAUCACAAAGGAUGCACGGGUGAGCAGUGACUGGUCAGAGUAUUGUUAAUUAUUUGUUAAACAGCUGUAGCAGUGUCCUUGUCUCUUACCAUGUCUUGAUGCCCUUUAUAGACACAAGCAUUUCCUAAUUGAUAAUCUUGUAUUUCAGCUGAACUAUCUUGUUCUUUUUAACCAUCUCAUUCUCCAGGCCCUGAUGGAAGAGGUUGUCCGUCAGAACAUAACAGAAAGGCAGUGGAUAGCCUCAGAGGCAUGGGUCACUGACUCUACUCUCUCCUCCCCUGAAAACCUGCCCUCUCUUGCCGGGACGAUCGGUUUUGCCCUGAAGAAAGCUGUCAUUCCCGGCCUGGGGCCUUUCCUAACACGCCUCCAUCCUGAUGGGGACUACCAGAAGUCUGAUCCCUUCCUGAGGGAAUUGUGGGAGGAGAUAUUUGGCUGUUCUCUGGGAGUUGACCUCAGCGUGACCCAGUCGUCCAGGCGACAGUGCAGUGGGUCAGAAGUCAUAGGUGAGGGAGAGUUUACACCUAAAACUCUGUUUUUGUGUCCUGAUUCCCCAUGUUGUCUCAGUAAAAUAAAGUGUCAAUCCUAGGUGAGGGGGAGAGCCAGUACGCUGACGUGUCUCAGCUGAGAGCCAGCUAUAAUGUGUACAAGGCUGUGUACGCCAUCGCUUACGCCAUACAGGACAUGUUGGCCUGUCGACCAGGGGAGGGACCCUUUAACGGUGGACAGUGCCCUGAUAUCAGGAAGCUUCAGCCCAGCCAGGUGACAAUGCCAUAUUAAUCUGUUUUCAUGUUAACAGCACUAAUGUUUCCAGUCAGCAUACAGUGAAAACACUUUGUAAGGUUUGAGUACUAAAGGCCCACAGCCACAGUUGGUUCUAUCUCUUAAUACUGUUCCAAUGCCCUUUUCUCUUUGAGAUUGUUCAUUAUCUGAGGGGAGUGAACUUCAGCACUCCUGUGGGGGAAUCUUUCCACUUCGACUUGAACGGUGAUCCGCCUGCCUCUUAUGACAUCAUCAACUGGCAUGUGACCCCCGAGGGUACGGCAGAGUUCGUCCAGGUCGGCCAUUUUCUGACCUCUGAGGGAUCGGGCGGCCAGAUUCACAUCGACAUGGGGAAAGUUGUGUGGGGUGGGGGUAGUGGAGAUGAGGUGAGAACCAUUCAGUUUGGUUUCUCUGAGGCAGAGAGGAGUGUGUGUGUGUGUGUGUGUGUGUGUAAUGAUGAUGACGAUGAUGAUGAUGAAGAUGAUGACUGCAUCCUCUCCAUCCUCUGGUAGGUCCCUGUGUCUGUAUGCAGUGCUGCCUGUCCCCCUGGUUCCAGGCAUGUGGUACAGAAGGGGAGGCCUGUGUGCUGCUUCGACUGUUUGUCCUGUGCUGAGGGAGAGAUCAGCAACACAACAGGUAGUCUAUCAACGGUUCUGAUUCCAAUUCAUAUUUUUCCUGAAUCCUGACUGGUCCUGAUUUGGACUCCUCCUUCUUCUUCCUUCUCUAUCAGGGUCAGUUGAGUGUAUUAGGUGUCCAGAGCGGUUCUGGUCCAACCCUGAUCAUACGGCCUGCAUCCCCCAGCUGGUAGACUUCCUCUCCUACAGGGACACCAUGGGCGUCAUCCUGUCCGUCAUCUCAGUUUCCGGGGCAACACUCACAGCCGGUGCCCUGGCCACCUUCCUCUACCACCGUCACACGGCCCUGGUGAGUUGAAUCAUAUGAUCAUAUAUAGAGGUACUGGACAGAGAUGAGAUUGUGUCAUAUAAGGAGGAUAUUUCUGAUGUAACGCAGUCUAAAUUAUCUUUCUCUGUCUCAUUCCAGGUGAAAGCCAACAACUCUGAGCUCAGCUUCCUGCUCCUGCUGUCACUAAAGCUCUGCUUCCUGUGUGCGCUGGUUUUCAUUGGCCAGCCGAAGACGUGGACGUGCAUGCUGAGACACACCCUGUUUGGUAUAAGCUUUGUGUUGUGCAUCUCCUGCCUGCUCAGCAGGACUGUGGUGGUGCUGGUGGCCUUCAGGGCCUCUCUGCCUGGAGAGAACCUGAUGAGAUACUUCAGCCCCGCCCAGCAGAGGAUGGGUAUCUCACUCUGCACACUCAUCCAGGUGAACAUCUAGUUUUCACUAUAUUCUAUUGGAAUUUAAAGGCCCAGUGCAGUCAAAAACUUGAUUUUCCUGUGUUUUAUAUACAUUUCCACACUAUGAGGUUGGAAUAAUACUGUGAAAUUGUGCGAAUGAUGAUAAUGUCCUUUUAGUGUAAGUGAUGUUUGAAAAGAAUGCUGAAAUUCCAGUCGAUUUUUGGUGGGAUGGAGUUUUGGCCUGCCUGGUGACAUCACCAGGUGGUAACUGAGUUCAUCCUUAAAGUGGAACUGACAGCAUUGUAACAUUUACAUUACAGUCAUUUAGCAGACGCUCUUACCCAGAGCGACUUACAGUUAGUGAGUGCAAACGUUAUUAUUAUUAUUUUUUCAUACUGGCCCCCCAUGGGAAUCGAACCCACAACCCUGGCGUUGCAAACGCCAUGCUCUACAAACUGAGCUACAUCCCUGCCAGCCAUUCCCUCCCUGGACGACGCUGGGCCUUGAGUUUAGGCGUAAACUCUCCCUCACCUAUUAACCACUUUGCAGAUAUGAAACAAACAGACAAUCAAAAAAAAAAGCUGCAGAAAAGUACCUUAAAAAGUUUAUCUAAUGUUCCCUCAUUAGAUUUUAGCUUAUCUUGCUCUGGCUAGCAUUAGUUGUUGAUCUUGUCAUUGUUGAUGUGCAUAGGCAACUGAGGGAGAGAGAGCCUACCUGUUCAUGGUUGUUUGAUCAAUAGGACUGUGAAGUUCCCAAAUGAAAGAGGACUCCUGUGCUAUUUACAUAUUUGCAGAAAUGUAUUCAGGUGUAUUUUGUGGCUUUUGGAGAAUGCUUUCUAAUGAUCUAAAGCUGUGCUGUUGCUACAGCCUGUAAAAACACAGUCCAGUUCAAAGUGAAUGAUGGCAGGCCCAUGUGGCGAAUGGCUUAUUUGCAAAUAUGCCUACUGUAGCUCUGAUUGGCAAUGGCGCACCGGUCUUCAUAAACUCCGGUCCUGGACAAGACAGAUGUUUUUUAUUAGGUUUCAUUUUCUGCAGUGUCUAUUAAUUGUCCAAACGCCCGGCCGCUUUCCCACACACAAAUGAAAACGGCCAUAUCUAAGUGCUGGCUUGUCAGAAAAUGUUUUUUUUUUUUUUUGAAAGGUGUCGUAUUCUUCCUGGAGGUGUAUAUGAAGAGAUUUUAAUAAGAUUUCAUUUAGCUAAAACACUGUCAGUUCCACUUUAUACUGACACUCAAAUCAGUGCCCCUGGAAGGGGGGGGGGGGGGGGGGGGGGGGGGUCUACAAAGCUAACAUGUGGAAUUGUUUUAAGAUGGUCAUAUCAAGUAUAAUUUAGCUAUUUUCUUUAGAAUUUUAGUACUUUGAACUUUAGGUAUAAAAAUAUAUUUAUUCAUACAUGGAAAAACAGACAAAAAAAUCUAUCAAAGUAAGUUUGUUUUAAAGUGUCUGUCCUAAAUCUGAGUGAUAUAAGAAAGAUCAGGAAAUUAUACAUAUUUAUUUGACCAUAUAAUAAUAAAAUUGGGGCACUAUACUACUUCCAUAUAUACUUCCAUUCACUUUUUUGACCCGACUACCUUCAGACGAGUCUUGUGAGGCUUGUAGAGAACUAGAACUAAACAACCUAAAUGUACAGUGUCUUGCAAAACUAUUCAUCCCCCUUGGGGUUUUUCCUAUUUUGUUGCAUUACAACCUGUAAUUUAAAUGGAUUUUUAUUUGGAUUUCAUGUAAUGGACAUACACAAAAUAGUCCAAAUUGGUGAAGUGAAAUGAAAAAAAUAACUUGUUUCAAAAAAUCCCAAAGAAUAAAUAACGGAAAAGUGGUGCAUGAAUAUGUAUUCAUCCCCUUUGCUAUGAAUCCCCUAAAUAAGAUCUGGUGCAACCAAUUACCUUCAGAAGUCACAUAAUUAGUUAAAUAAAGUCAACCUGUGUGCAAUCUAAGUGUCAAAUGAUCUGUCACAUGAUCUCAGUAUUUAUACACCUGUUCUGAAAGGCCCCAGAGUCUGCAACAACACUAAGCAAAGGGCACCACCAAGCAAGCGGCACCAAGAAUACCAAGGAGCUCUCCAAACAGGUCAGGGACAAAGUUGUAGAGAAGUACCGAUCAGGGCUGGGUUAAUAAUAAUAUCAGAAACUUUGGAACAUCCCACGGAGCACCAUUAAAUCCAUUAUUAAAAAAUUGAAAGAAUAUGGCACCACAACAAACCUGCCAAGAGAGGGCCGCCCACCAAAUCUCACGGACCAGGCAAGGAGUGCACAGCGGAGAUUGGAGUAUCUGUCCAUAGGACCACUUUAAGCCGUACACUCCACUGAGCUGGGCUUUACGGAAGAGUGGCCAGAAAAAAGCCAUUGCUUAAAGAAAAAAAUAAGCAAACAUGUUUGGUGUUCGCCAAAAGGCACGUGGGAGACUCCCCAAAUAUAUGGAAGAAGGUACUCAGGUCAGAUGAGCUUUUUGGCCAUCAAGGAAAACGCUAUGUCUGGCUCAAACCCAACACCUCUCAUCACCCCGAGAUCACCAUCCCCACAGUGAAGCAUGGUGGUGGCAGCAUCAUGCUGUGGGGAUGUUUUUCAUCGGCAGGGACUGGGAAACUGGUCAGAAUCGAAGGAAUGAUGGAUGGCGCUAAAUACAGGGAAAUUCUUGAGGGAAACCUGUUUCAGUCUUCUAGAGAUUUGAGACUGGGUUGGAGGUUCGCCUUCCAGCAGGACAAUGACCCUAAGCAUACUGCUAAAGCAAUACUCGAGUGGUUUAAGGGGAAACAUUUAAAUGUCUUGGAAUGGCCUAGUCAAAGCCCAGACCUCAAUCCAAUUGAGAAUCUGUGGUGUGAUUUAAAGAUUGCUAUACACCAGUGGAACCCAUUUAACUUACAUUUACAUUACAUUUUAGUCAUUUAGCAGACGCUCUUAUCCAGAGCGACUUACAGUUAGUGAAUAACUAUUUUUUUUUUUUUUAUACUGGCCCCCCGUGGGAAUCAAACCCACAACCCUGGCGUUGCAAACACCAUGCUCUAUCAACUGAGCUACAUCCCUGCCGGCCAUUCCCUGCCCUACCCUGGACGACGCUGGGCCAAUUGUGCGCCGCCCAUGAGUCUUCCGGUCGCGGCCGGCUGCGACAGAGCCUGGAUUCGAACCAGGAUCUCUAGUGGCACAGUUAGCACUGCGAUGCAGUGCCUUAGACCACUGCGCCACUUGAAGGAGCUGGAGCAGUUUUGCCUUGAAGAAUGGGCAAAAAUCCCACUGGCUAGAUGUGCCAAGCUUAUAGAGACAUAGCCAAGAGACGUGCAGCUGUAAUUGCUGCAAAAGGUGGCUCUACAACGUAAUGACUUUGGAGGGGAGGAGGGGUGAAUAGUUAUGCACGCUCAAGUUUUCUAGUUUUUUUGUCUUAUUUCUUGUUUGUUUCACAAUAAAAAAUAUUUUGAAUCUUCAAAGUGGUAGGCAUGUUGUGUAAAUCAAAUGAUACAAACCCCCCAAAAAAUACAUUUUAAUUCCAGGUUGUAAGGCAACAAAAUAGGAAAAAUGCCAAGGGGGUGAAUACUUUCGCAAGCCACUGUAUGUGUUCGGUCAUAAUAGUGUGUAGCCCAAACUGUUCAGACGCUACAGAAUUUGGCAGCUACAGACAGAAGUUGGCAGAUCGGUGGUACAGACUUCAGACGAGUCCCGUGAUGCUACAGAUGUUUUUGUGAAAAAACAGAUUAUUGGGGUGUCUUAUGAUCUGGCAAACACCACUGUAGCUCGGCCACCUUCCACCGCAGAUGUGGACGGCCACCAUUGGCGGAUGCUGUGGAUUGAGAUGCAGCCCAUGCAAAAAAAACUGCUAGCUUAAACAGACAGAUUUUUAGUUUUAAAAAAAUAAUGUUAAUUCGAUUUCCACGGGGGCGAGGACAUCAACUUUGCUAGACCAUAAAGAAAGAGAGCUCCGAAUCUCUCAGCCAAUAACAUCUAGUUUUCAGUUUUCCCCUCCCCACUCAGACCACUCCCAGACAGUCCUAGCUAAAUUCUUCAUAACUUAUUUUAUCUGUAGCCUAAUAAACUACAUGGAGGACCACACACCACGUAAUCGAGUGACUCCAAGUUUACUUUGAUAUGAUGGUUAUUAUAUCAAUAUUUGCAAAUAAAGUUGUUUCCACCACCAUUUCUCGACUCAAAAAGAUCCCACUUUGUCGAACGAACAAUUAUCUGUCUGCGUUUAUAAAAUUGUACGGAAACGUCCUGUUUCCAUCACAGCUGUCGUAAAAAAAAUUAUACGGCAUGACUUUACUCGCUUAAAAACUGGAUGGAAACUUGUUUACUGACCAUAUUAUUUGUUGUUAUGGUAUCUGCGCUUGCUUUUUCCUUCCAACCCUUUCCCUUCCACAGGUGCUGAUCUGUGUGCUGUGGCUGACCCUAGCUCCACCCCGACCUGCUGAGAGAGGGGGCAGAGAGGGUCGGGGGCCGAGAGUGGUCCUGGAGUGUGAGGUGGGCUCUGUGGUCGGCUUCUCUCUG